AUGGGCGGGUUUCGUCCCAUUUUAGACCUGAGGGGACUCAACCAGUACCUAAAGGAGCUGCCCCUCCACAUGCUCACAACAGCAGAAGUCCUUCAAGCUGUUAUGAGGGAAGAAUGGUUCACGUCUGUAGACCUGAAGGAUGCAUAUUUUCAUGUGCCUAUUGCGGCAGAACAUCGCCGCUUUCUCAGGUUUGCCUAUCGGGGUCACCACUGGCAGUUCUGGGCCUGCGGAGUGAAGAUUCUGCCGUACUUAGACGAUUGGCUUCUCUGCGCCCCGUCUCAGGCCUGUGCCUUUCACGACACAAACCGCCUGCUCGCUCAUAUGUCCCAGUUUGGCCUCAAUGUCAACCUGGAGAAGAGCUGCCUGAUCCCUUCCCAGACGACCACCUUUCUUGGGGCUGGGCAGGCAGCCCCCUAUGUUGCCUUCCUGCAACUACUCGGCAAGCUGACAUCAGUCACUCGGGUGGUGCCCUUAGGCCUGCUGUCACUUCGCCCCUUGCAGAGGUGGCUCAACAGCUUUUGCCUGGAUGCCAGGCUGCACAGGCAUCGCAAGCUCGCAGUGACGUGGUCAUGUCUUCAUGCCUUGACUCCAUGGAGGGACGGAGAUUAUUUGUCCAGGGGUGUCCCCAUGGGAGUGGUAGUGUGUCGCAGGGAAGUGAUCACGACAGAUGCCAGCUCCAUGGGAUGGGGGGCUGUGUGGCAACGCAGAGCGGUUCAGGGCCGCUGGGGUCAAAGAGACCAUUCCAAGCAUAUAAAUGUGCUGGAGCUGCGUGCAGUGCACUUGGCACUCAGGCACUUCCUGCCUCACCUGGAAGGGAGGCAUAUACUUGUUCGGUCAGACAACACCUCUGUUGUCUACCACAUCAACCAUCAGGGGGGCACCAGGUCAGCACAACUUCUGAGAGUGCCCAGAGAGCUCCUGGAAUGGGCCUCUCCUCGCCUGUCCACCCUGCGGGCAGCGUACUUGCCAGGGCGACACAAUCAGGUCGCAGAUUUUCUCUCCCGCCAAGAGUCCCCUCCGGGAGAGUGGUCUCUCCACAGCGACAUAGUGCUGAUGAUCUGGGACCGUUUUGGUCAGGCAGAGAUAGACCUGUUUGCGACGGAAGAGUCGACUCAGUGUCCCCUAUGGUACUCUCUUACGGGGGCGUCGGGUGCGCUAGGCUAGGACGCAUUGGCUCAUCCUUGGCCAAGGGUCCUUCUAUAUGCCUUUCCACCCCUUUCUCUAAUUUGGCCAACCCUUCAGAGAGUCCUCGAGGAGGGCCACAGGAUGCUGCUGGUGGCUCCGUAUUGGCCAGCGCGACCAUGGUUCCCACGGCUACGAAGUCUAUGUCAGGGCGUCCCAUGGUGUCUUCUGACCAGAAGGGACUUGCUGUCUCAGUUGGGGGGACUGAUAUGGCAACCCAAUCCUCAACGUCUUCAGCUGUGGGUGUGGCCACUGCAAGGCUAG